CGAUUACGAAUUUAGUUCACUGAUGCCCACUCGCGAUCGAAUGGAAAACUUAUGAGGUCUCAAAUUUCCUCACAACAAUAGGUAGAAUAACGUACGUAAUUUACUUAAAAAAAGUAAAACUAGAUCAAUUCAUUGAAUACAACAUUUAUCUGAAAAAUAAUAAGUAAAAUGUCGAUUAUAAAUACUACGAAAUCCCCAGAUGUUAAAAAUAUGAUCAAGGACAUUAAUAAUUCGUGUCCAGCUAGACGAGCGAUUAAAAAGGAAAAUAACUUUUUAUCGUUCGUUAUAAAAGCAAUCGGAAAAGAACAGCAAAUGAGUUGUAUGAUUUCCAAAUUUCAAAGAGAAAUAAAGAAUCAGAAAGAAACUAUCGAUUCGUUGGAAAUAGAUGCCGAGCUUAGAGAAGCUCUCAUAAAAGAUAAAGAUGAAGAAAUUGAAUCGUUAAAAAAUGAGAUUAAAAACUUGAAAGAUUUGCUGCAGAAGGCUCAAUCUGAACAAGUCAAAGUUGUGGAAAUAAAACCACAAAAACCAAAUUAUUUUGCGUCCCCGUCAAGAUUAUACCAUGAAGAGUCACUAAUUAGUAAUAAUAAUGAUGAUAAUUAUGUCAAUAGAGAGAAUCUCGUCAUAGCUACCGUUCCCAAUAUUAUAGCAUCGCCGAAAAAUGCAGCUAUUCCAGAUACUUCUGCGCUACCUGAACCAGAGGGCUCCAAAAAAUUAGUUAAAAAGAAAUCUCUCAAACGCUCGAUAAAGGAACCGAAUGCAGCUGUGAAUUUUUUAUACAAUUUAAGGAAAAGGGCGAAGAAAAGCAGCAGUUAGAUUCAAUGCGUCCAAGGAAAUGUCAUGCUUCAUUUUUCAGCAAAUUAAAAUUUAUUUUUUAUGCAAUAUAUCUUAUACAUGUUUCGUAAUAUCUUUUAAUGCUUACAGAGAAUAAUUAAUAAAUUUUUUUUCGUUUCAUCUUAAAAAAA